CCCCCGACGGAAGUCGGAAGAAUUCAUUCAUAACAGAACCAGAACACGGACGGAUUCAGUUCGAAUCCGACCGGCGCUGGGAUCAGUUCGUAAGCUUCGUUGGCGCUGAAGGCAUAGUAAAGCUUAUCCGGAGUUCGGGAAUUCAACAGUUUGAAAAGGCGCGUUUUCGGUUGUUAUCGCGGCGUUUGCAAAGUAUGGAUUGGAUUGAGGUGGAAGGGUUGAUCGUAUUAUUCUAGCUUAACCGGACGCACGUGCAUUAAAUCAGUAUUCAGUUGCAGGGUGUGGAAAGAGAUGUCCGGUUAUGAUUACAGCGAAUAAUUUGAAUUGAUUUGGAGUGAAGGCUGUAGUGAGGUUUAGUGUUGCGACCUGUUUGCUUUUUUGGAAGUGAGUUCUAGGGUAUACCGGUGUUCCGAGCUGACAGAGGUAAAUUAACCUGCUGUUGAUUGAUGGCGUGUACGGUAGUGAAAAUCGCGGUAAAGUGGAAAUAAUAUAAUUGGAUAAUUGUGGGAAAUUGUGUGGAAAACCCGUUCUGCGGGUUUAUCUCAUCGAAGUGCUCAGCCGGCUGUAAAGUUACGUGAAGGAAUACAACCGAAUGGAAGAAUGAGCGUUUCGGAUGGAAUCGCCUUUCAUUAUGCAAACAACAAUACCUUAAACACCACCGACAUACAGAUCGUACGGGAGCAGGAUGACCUGUACGAUGUCCCGGUGGGCUUAAUCAUCCUGCUGUCCGUGUUCUACGGCACCAUCAGUAUUCUAGCUGUGAUAGGCAACUCGCUGGUGAUAUGGAUCGUCAUCACAACGAAACAGAUGCAAACUAUUACCAACAUGUUCAUAGCGAAUCUGGCCCUAGCCGACGUUACCAUCGGGAUGUUCGCCAUUCCGUUCCAAUUCCAGGCGGCGUUGCUGCAACGAUGGAACCUGCCCGAAUUCAUGUGUCCCUUCUGCCCGUUCGUGCAGUUACUUAGCGUGAAUGUGUCCGUGUUUACGCUGACUGCCAUCGCCGUUGACCGGCACCGGGCCAUAAUUAAUCCGCUGAGAGCGCGUACCUCGAAGAACAUCUCCAAAUUUGUUAUCAGUGCCAUCUGGAUGCUGUCGUUUGCGCUGGCCGCACCGACUCUCUUUGCCCUGCGGGUUAUUCCGAUAUCAAUGGUUACCUUAGGUGACAGCAACGAUACGUAUGUCAACACAACGAAGCCAUUCUGCCAGGUGGUGAAUUUCGAGGAAUCGGAAAUGCUACUCUAUCGAUAUAUUCUCACUCUGGUGCAAUAUUUCGUGCCGCUGUUUGUCAUCAGUUUCGUGUACAUCCAGAUGGCCUUUCGGUUGUGGGGUUCAAAAACUCCCGGAAAUGCGCAGGAUUCGCGAGAUUUGACAAUGUUGAAAAACAAGAAAAAGGUCAUCAAAAUGUUAAUCAUUGUAGUGGCCCUGUUCGGCAUCUGCUGGUUUCCGCUGCAGCUUUAUAAUAUUCUGCACGUGACGUGGCCCGAUGUUAAUAAAUACAGAUAUAUCAACAUCAUCUGGUUCGUAUGCGACUGGUUGGCGAUGAGCAAUAGCUGCUACAACCCUUUCAUCUAUGGCAUCUAUAACGAAAAGUUUAAACGUGAGUUUCGCAAACGGUAUCCGUUCCGGGGACGAGGUCUCAGUUCACACCAGGACCACUCGAUAGAUAAGACUCUGUCGAUGUUUACACGUGUUAGCUCGGUACGGUCGAGCUACGCUACAUCAUCAAUCCGCAACAAGCACAACAUGCGGCCAUUCGCGACGACGGUUGGCGGUUUCGGCGGUGGUAGUGGUGGUGGAGGAUUCUACCAGAACCACUGCCACGAACAGCUACAUCAGCAACCCCAGCCACUGCAACAGUACAAAACGACUAACUUUGACCGAGGGGUCGGCGCUCGUAGCACCAGCAACGGCAGUGAAUAUCACAAUUUGAAGGGGUGUCCCUGUCGGCAGUCGGCCAACGAGAUGCCGAAUUCGAAACAGAUUGCCGAUUUGCGGGAAACUUACUCCGUGGAUGGUUGUGAGGGACGAAUGGAGCCGGAACUGAACCAUCCCCAUCCGGACGAGAGCCGAGACCCGGAGCAGAAUCUGCUACCGCUGAUCCGAGAGCAGGGAUUCUGCGAACGCCCUGAUCGAUCUCAUUUGUACUGUAACAAUUUGCAGAGCUUUAAAGUGUGCAAUGCUUUUGACUAAACAAAGUACAUGUCGUCGCAUGUUUUAAUGUUUAAAAAUCAAAAAUACAAGUUGAAGUUUUAUUCAAUCCUCGUCUCAACGAAGCUAAAGAGCGCAUAUCAAAUAAACUUGGAUGCACUGGUCUAAUACAGAUGAAAA